CCCCCGGCCUCCCGGGUCCCUCCGGAGCUCCGCUCCCACGCACCGCGAAUCAUCCAUACCUUCGCGCCCCAGCCACAGCUUCCUGGGGCGGGGCCUUGCGCUGGAAGCAAGGGCAGAACUUCCGGCAGCGGGAGGAAACCGCCAGCAAGUACCCAUGGCUUGGUAUCUGAAGCUGGUAGGCGUUCCCCUUAAGGUUCAGCGAUUCCACACGACUGCGUGUGGCUGCAAAGGCCGGACGGGCGCCGAGCACCUGUGGCUGAAGCGCCAUCUAAAGGACCCGUUUGUGAAGGCCGCAAAGGUGGAGAGUUACCGCUGCCGCAGCGCCUUCAAACUCAUGGCGAUAAAUGAAAAGCAUCACAUCCUGCGGCCCGGCCUCCGGGUGCUGGACUGCGGGGCGGCUCCGGGAGCCUGGAGUCAGGUGGCAGUGCAGAGAGUCAACGCCACAGGCACAGACUGCAGCUCUCCUGUGGGCUAUGUGCUUGGGGUCGAUCUUCUUCACAUAUUCCCUCUGGAAGGAGCAACUUUUCUGUGUCCUGCUGAUGUGACUGAUCCUGGAACUCGCCAGAGAAUCUUAGACCUGCUUCCCAGAAGGAAAGCGGAUGUGAUUCUGAGUGACAUGGCGCCCAACGCCACUGGGAUCCGAGACCUCGAUCACGACAGGCUUAUCAGCUUGUGCCUUACCCUUGUGGACAUGGCUGUGGACAUCCUGCAUCCUGGGGGGACACUGCUGUGUAAAACCUGGGCCGGAAGAAAAAGCCACCUGCUACAGAAGAGACUGACCCAGGAAUUCCAGAACACUAGGGUCGUGAAACCGGAAGCCAGCAGGAAGGAGUCUUCAGAGGUAUACCUCUUAGCCACACAGUACCGGGGAGGGAAGGGCAGUGAGCAGUGAGUCUGCCCUGCCUUUCUGGGAGUACUUUCCUGAGAGUGGCUGGCAUCUAAGAUGCAUUGUGGAUAUGAACAGCACCCUGAAGCACCUCUGGGUUUCUUAAGAGAUGAAAUAUGUAUUUGAGGGUCAUGAAAUUGAUGAAAAUGGGACCAGCAUGAUGACUUAGGGAGUAACAGUGCUUGCUACUAAGCCUGAGGCCCUGAGUGCUAUCUCCAGGACUCAAUAGUGGAAGGAGAGAACUAACUCCUGAAAGAUGUCCUCUGACGCCCAUGUGCACACGCACACAUAUGCACAUAGUAUGAACAAAUGUAUUGGGGUAACUGGUUUUUGUUGAGGUAAACCUUGCUGUAUAAGCUAGGCAUUGGUGGCGCACGCCUUUAAUCCCAGCACUCGGGAGGCAGAGGCAGAUGGAUCUCUGUGAGUUUGAGACCAGCCUGGUCUACAAGAGCUAGUUCCAGGACAGCCUCCAAAGCCACAGAGAAACCCUGUCUCGAAAAACCAAAAAAGCAAAACAAAACAAAUCAAAAAACCUUGCUGUAUCUGGGAAGAAAGAAUCCAGCUGAGGAAUUGCCUCCAUCAUAUUGGCCUUGUGGGAAAGUCUGUGAUACAUUUUCUUGAUUAAUAGCUGACUUGGGAAGCAAUGUGGGAGUGCCUAGCCCAGUGGGAGCAGUACCACCCCUGAGCAGGUAGUCCUGAGUUAUGUAAGGAAGCAGGGUGAGCAAGACAUGAAGAACGAGCCAAUAAGCAGUGGUCCUUCAUGGUCUCUGCUUCAGUUGCUGCCUCCAGGCUCCUACUUUGAGUAUCCACCUCAUCUUUUUUCAGUGGUAGAUUAUGAUUGGGAUGAGUAAGCCAAAUAAUAAACCCUUUCUUCCCAAG